AUGUCCCAACAAGCGGUCACUCAGGUCUCGCUAAACCAGUUACCGCUUCAAACAAAGCUUCAACUCAUAGCAAGCGCAAAAGAAGAAACUGAAAUCCUCCAGCACAAUAUCGAAAGUAUCAAACGUCGAGUCAGAGAUAUAACUCUCGUCGAUGCUGCAAGACAUGUAGCUCCACUGAAACCUCUAAGACCUCGCGAAGUCCGCCAGUUUAAAGGUCACACUGGUAAAAUCCAAAAUAUCCGACUGGCCGGUGCAGACAAAGCCCUCAUUUCCAUCGCAUCUGAUGGGUUCUUACUCGUAUGGGAUGUUUAUACAGGCCUUAAAACUCACGCCAUUCAACUUCCUAUUUCAUGUCCUCAGGCUCUCGGGACUUCACGCUCAGGCCAUAGUCUAGCCGUUGGUGGUCUUGAUAACGUAGUAUCUAUAUACUCUAUCGAGUCAAUUGAUGACCAGUAUCUAAGCAGCACUCAAGAAGAGUUCCCAGAAUCCAUUACUGAGUAUCUUACAGAUGACCAGCUACUCUCGGGUUCAGGCGACAUGUCUGUAAAGCUCUGGGACCUCAAAACAGGCCAAAAAGUUUACGACUUUGUUGACAGAAACCUUAGUGAUGUCACUUCGCUUUGCUGUCACCCAUAUUUCCCCAAUGUCUUUCUUUCCGCCUCUCUCAAUACUGUAAAAGUUUGGGAUACUCGCCAUAAAUACAGUCUUCAAAGUUUUUCUGAAAAUAACGCUGAAGUCAAUUCUAUAAAACUCUUCCCUGACGGCAACGCCGUUGUGGCUGGAUGCGAAAACUCUUCUCUUCGUAUCUUUGACUUACGCUCAGACUGCAUGGUGGGCACUUAUACCCUUGCGCCGCACAGCGCUCGCGCAACAUCACCUUCUUCUAUGCCUUCAUAUUCUCCCAUCAGUCCAGCAUCGGUCCAUUCACCUUACAAGAACAAUAUUUAUAACAAUAGCCAACAACAAUAUCAUCAGCAACAGCCAGCAGUUUGUGCCAUGGCAUUUUCACCUUCAGGCCGUCUGCUUUUUACAUCUUAUGAGGAUGGCACAUGGGGUGCAUGGGAUUCUCUCAAGUUUACUUGGAUGGGCCCAUUUAGUCCUGGUGACGGAGACGAUGGUGGUGGUAAUGGUGGUGGUGGGACUAGAUUUACUGCUGCACUGCUAGGUAACCAUAAUAACUAUCAUAACCAUUCCGGACAAGUUAGCGAUAUCCAAGUUACUUCAGAUGGUUCACGAAUAUACACAUCCAAUUGGGACUCGAUUAUUCGAGUCUACACAACAUGA